GUCGUCAGUCAUAGUGUGGACGUGGUCCGGAGUGAACGCACGUACAAUGGCGUGCUUGCAUUUUAUUUUAUUGUUGUCCUGUGCGCUGCUGUCCACGGGCGAAUACCUGCUGCCCGGCGAUGUGGUGCCGACAUUCUAUGACGUGCUCCUCAUUUACGACGUGGAUCCGGCGACGAACUUCAGCUACUUCGGCCGUGUCGACAUUAAAUUAAACAUCCUCAAACCGACCUCAAAGAUCGUGCUCCACGCGCAAGGCUUCAGCAUACCGGAAGAGGAAGUGACCCUGACAGGGCCCAAGGAGGUGGCAGUUGACAAUGUCAAACUGAACGACACGUUCAAUUUAUUGACACUGUCGCUGAGUCAGCAGUUGGAUGAAGGCGACAACUACGUGCUGCGAAUACCUUUCUACGGCAAUCUGCAGCAAGAUCUGGAUGGGACCUACAUCAGUAAAUACGUCGAUAAGAAAACAAAGAAAAAUGAAUAUUUGGUGACGACGCAGUUCGAGGCGAUAUCAGCUAGAAAAGGUUUCCCGUGCUUUGACGAACCGAUGUACAAGGCGCCCUUCAAGAUAUCCAUCGGCCAUCACAUCAAUUAUGUUGCCGUUUCCAACAUGCCUCUAGUGUCGACGGAUAAUUAUAAUGUCCUGGAGGAAACGUGGCCUUGGAAAACUAUCGGACAAAAGUUCAAUAAAGCCGUUUACGAUUUCGUCUGGGACCACUUCGACGUGUCCCUGUCAAUGUCAACGUAUCUCGUCGCUUACGUCAUUUCGAAGUUCACAUACGAGGAGAGCCCGCCCGAGCUGUCCGACACUAAGUUCAGAAUCUGGGCUAACAAGGACACUAUUGACCAGGCCGCCUACGCCAAGUCGAUAGCACCAAAAGUGCUGACACACUUCGAGAAGUGGUUCGACGUGAAGUACCCGCUGCCUAAACAGGACAUGAUCGCCAUUCCGGACUUCGCGGCCGGCGCCAUGGAGAACUGGGGCCUCAUAACCUACAGGGAGACCACCUUGCUCUACGAUAAGAAGCACUCCUCGUUCUUGAACAAGGAAAGAGUAGCAGAGGUGAUAGCGCACGAGCUGGCCCACCAGUGGUUCGGGAACCUGGUCACGAUGAAGUGGUGGUCCGACCUGUGGCUGAACGAGGGGUUCGCGACGUACGCGGCGUCCGUGGGCGUGGCGGCCGUGGAGCCCACGUGGCGCGCGGACAACAACUACGCCGUCGACAACAUGCUGGCCGUGCUCAACCUCGACGCCUUGGAGUCUUCGCACCCUGUUUCGGUCACAAUAGACGAUCCAAAGCGCAUCUUUGAGAUAUUCGAUGAGAUCUCGUACAAGAAGGGCUCCACCCUCAUCAGGAUGAUGGUCAUGUUCCUCGGAGAAGACGUCUUCAGGAAAGCCAUUAAAAAUUACCUCGUGAAGUACACGUUGAAGAACGCCGAACAAGAUGACCUGUGGCACGAGCUCACUGAAGAGAGUAAGAGGCAGGGAGGGAUCGCGAACAACGUGACCAUCAAGGAGAUAAUGGACACGUGGACCACGCAAACCGGAUACCCGAUCCUGACCGUCACCAGGGAUUAUAUAGACAAGUCUGUCAGCGUCACUCAGCGGCGGUACUUGUCGCUGGGGGCGCGCGCGGCGUCGCACCGCUCGUGGUGGGUGCCACUGCGCGUGGCGGCCGCGGGCGAGCAGCCCGAGCCCUCGCUGCACUGGCUCGCGACGCACCAGGGCCUGGACGAGCCCUACCGCUUCCCGCACGACGCAGAGCCCACCGACUGGAUGCUCUUCAAUCCCGAUAUGAUCGCACCUUAUCGCGUCAAUUAUGAUGCUCGUAACUGGGAACUUCUUUCGGAGACACUGCUCAGCGACAAGUACGAUGAGAUCCCAGUACUGGGCAGAGUGCAACUGAUAUCGGACGCCUUCGCUCUGGCGGCCACCAACAGACUCAACUAUUCCACUACACUGAUUCUUGCAAGCUACCUCCAGAGAGAGAGGGAGUACCUGCCUCUGUCGACAGCGCUGAGAGGGUUGGCCAAGAUUGAGAACCUCUUGAAGCGCAGCGGAGACUACAGCGCCUUCCAGAGCUACAUCAGGCAUCUGGUGCAGAACUCGUAUCGAAGGGCUGGAGGCCUCUCCGUCAAGCGUAUCGUUAAUGGCGACGAUCUGAACAGCGUAAAACUGCAGGUGUUGACCAGCGGCUGGGCCUGUCGCGCGCUGAUACCGGGCUGCGAGGAAAACGCCAUGGAGCUGUUCCAAAUGUGGAUGAACACUUCCAAUCCGGAUGAAAAUAAUCCGAUCCCGCUGGACCUGCGGCGCACGGUGUGGUGCGCGGGCGCGGCGCGCGGCGGCGAGCGCGAGUGGCGCUUCCUCACGCUGCGGCUGCAGGCCGCGCGCGUGGCCGCCGCCCGCGACGCCAUGCUCGCCGCCAUGGCCUGCACCAGGCAGGUCUGGCUGCUCAACCAGUUCCUCGAAUGGGCGGUGUCGGAAAACUCCCCGGUGCGCAAGCAGGACGCGGCCGCCGUGGUCGGUAACGUGGCCCGCACGCCGGUCGGCUACUACGUCGCGCGGGAGUUCUUCUACAACCGAAUCGAUGAUCUGUUUAAAACUUUCAACGGUCAGAGCCGCCGCUUCGGUUACAUCAUCAAGACUCUGCUGGACCAGUUCACGACUCAGAGAGAAUUGGACGAGUUUCUCAUUUUCCACGACAAGAACCCCAAAUAUUUCGAGGAGACGAAGCUGGCCGUCGUUCAAGCGAUUGAGAAAGCCAAAGUGAACAUCGACUGGGUCGACCAAAACAAAGAUUUAGUUGUACGGGAAAUGCGGAAAGCGGUUAUGUACAUGAAUAACAAUACUCAGUAAACUAUCAGUAUAUUUUUUUUGUUUUUUUAAUUCACGCGAUUCGUGUAAAUAAAACGGGAUUUCGCGCCAAAAACUUUAUUACAAUUUUAUAGUCUGUAGGUUUGGUUCAUAGAUUAUACACUAAUGUUGGCUCUAGACAAAGACAUCGCGGCGGUACGGUCGGAACGUCGCCAUUUGAAAAUGUAAACUGUAUAUUAAUUUUUGUGAACGAACGUUCCGUUUUAUUUGAAAACAAUUGCCUAAAGUAAAAUCGUAGUACUUAUUUAUUUUAUUGAGAGCUUAAAGCAUAUAAUCCCAAAACGUAGUCAGGGUUGAGUGUGUACAAAAAUGUGCGAAUUGAUGAGAAGGAUCCUAGAGUUGAUCACUGCGUGAGCAAUUAAGCUCUGAGGAGAGUCUUACAUAGACAAUAAAGCAUAGUACUAGAGGUUCACUGCGCCUUAAUUUGAAAUAGUGAUGUGACGAAAACAAAAUUGGGAGCAUUUGGUGUAAAUAUGCAAACGAAAAGAGAUUGUUGUGGAAUAAUAAUGUCGGAUUACAUUACUAUUCACGUCUCAAUAUUUGAUCGAUUCCUGAUCGAUUUGACUUUACAAUGACAUUUCUCAUUUCGAUUGCAUUCUUUUUGUAGUGUAGAUAAUAAUUAUUAUUUAGUGCGUUGUUGUAGAGCGAUGUGAUUAUUUUUUUUAAACGAUUUUUUUUAAUAUUGCUUUGACUAAAGUGAAAAUUGUGAUAGUAAAUACAAAAUACUAAAUUUAAUUUUUUAAUUGCUCGCAGAAAAAAGUCUAAGGUUUAUCAUGUCUGUGUGUAAUGAUUAGGGUUUGUUUUAUUUAAUAAUUGAUAACAAUUAAUUUUGUGUAGAUGAGUGAAUAAUGUGAAUUGUUUUAAUAUUCAUGAAAUUAUAUUUU